AUGGCCAAGAAGAAGCGCCAGAGAAUUAGCUAUGUCCUGCCUCUGGCAAGCUCGCCAGGCGGACAUAGACUUGGUGUAAAUGGUCUGGCCUUCGACCAAGAUCGAUCUAUCUUAUACACCGGUGGACGAGAUGGAGUGGUGUGCGCCUGGGACCUAGACCUCGAUGCUCAAAAAGCAAAUACACAUGGUGAUGCAGCCAAAGAGAAGAGAAGCACUACAACUUUCAGGAAACAAGCCCAGGCGCAUACACAUUGGGUCAAUGACCUUGUACUAGUCAAGAACAACCUCGGUCUCGUCUCUGCCUCAUCCGACGUUACGGUCAAAUUAUGGCGACCCCAUGGCCACGAGAUCACUCAGCCAUAUACCAUAGGCUCUCACAGUGACUACGUCAAGUGCCUCGCAACUCCCGAUCGAGGCGCUGACUGGGUCGCAUCGGGUGGCUUGGAUCACAAGAUAUGUCUCUGGGAUCUGGGUGGUGGCGGUAAAACCCUGGAAAUAGAUGUUGGAAAGGUUCAGGAUGUCACCAAAGGCUCCAUCUACUCACUUCGAGCCAAGGGCUCGCUUCUCGCAAGUGGUGGACCAGAAAGUGUCGUCAGACUCUGGGACGUAAGGUCUGGCAAAGGCAUCACCAAGCUCGUUGGUCACACAGACAAUGUUCGAGACAUUCUGAUCAGUGAUGACGAAGAUACACUAUUGACAGCCUCUUCGGACCAAACCAUCAAAGUCUGGUCGAUUGCUGCAGGAAGAGUGGUACACACCCUGACGAUGCAUAACGACAGUGUUUGGUGCCUCUAUUCAAACGAUCCGAAUUUGGCGGUCUUUUAUUCGGGCGACAAGUCUGGCCUGGUGGCCAAAACGGAUACUCGCCGCGCCAUGGAAAUUGAUGAUGGAGUGUCGGUUGCCGUAUGUCAAGAACAUGAUGGUAUUUCCCGGGUCUUGCCUACCGGUGAUUCUGUCUGGACCACGACUUCAAGCUCAAGCGUCAAUCGAUGGCUUGACGUAGAUACGGAACUCGAAGUGGAAACACCUCCUUCGUCACCAAGAGAAGAACGGUCGCAGAGUCCCGAGGCAGUGAAAGCUGCUCCAACUGCAACAGAUGAACCAACAACCAACGGUACAACUGUGAAUGGAAUUGAUCAUAAGAAGAAGAUCCCUCACAAUGCAAUCCUUCGAGUCUCAAACACUGCUCCUCAUCCCGGAAGAAGACAUCUAGGCAGGUUACCCAAUCCAUCUUUCACCAACCUGCGAAAAGCCUCCGAGGCAAUGAUAUCCGAUGAUUUAAGCUUGGUAGUGCCCAUUAGAGGGCAACCUGCAGAAACGAUUGAGGGCCAGAAUGGUCUCAUCAAGCAUGUCAUGCUUAAUGACAGAAAAAGGAUUCUUACUCUGGAUACUGCGGGUGAGGUUGUCCUGUGGGAUUUAUUGAAGUGUGGUCAAAUUAAAAGUUUUGGUCGUCGUCAUCUUGAUGAAGUUGUCCCUGAGGUGAAUUCUACGGAAAGUGUUGCCAAUUGGUGUGCUGUGGACACUAAGACGGGGAAAAUCACUGUCAUGUUGGAAGAGAAUUAUUGCUUUGAUGCUGAAGUGUACGCUGAUGAGCUCGACCUCUCGAGCGAGCUUGUGUUCCGGGAUGACCAGAGAAUCAAUCUAGGAAAAUGGGUACUACGAAAUCUAUUUGCCUCACUGCUGGAUGAAGAAAUUGCGCGAGACGAAGCGUAUAGGGCUACGCUCACGAUAGAACCUCCCACUCCAGCCGCUGGGCUUGUACGCCCAGGUGCGCCAACAAGCAUAGCCAUGCCCGAAUCUGUCAAUGCCACUCCCAUGGUGUCUCCUGGUAACAUGGCGACGCCUCGUGCUUCCAAUGGUCAUGCUCUUGUGCCUCCGACUCCUGGGUUGGCCAUCGGAGCUGCAACUCCUGGAUUCUCACCACUCACAAUGACACUUUCCACCACGUUAGAAGAGUCAGACUCUGCGGUUUCGAAAACACCUAAUCCUAUUCAGCAGACACCAACCACAGCGACGGUAACAGAGGGACAAAGUGAUUAUUUCUCCCGCAAUAGCAGUGCUAACAACCAGUCUGAAGCGUCAUCCGAAAGUAACAAAGUGCCAGACACACCAGGAACUGGCGAGAAUAACAAUCAUCUACCACUCGCGACACCCACGUCCCCGACGGAAGAGAAAAAGAAGGGGCUUUUCGGCAAAAAGUUCUCGGGCAUGGCGUUCCCCAAGAAACUUGCGCGCACGUCGGUCGAGGUAACUAAAACACCCGCGCUCACGCAGGAAGAGAAGUCCGACACGGCAUCACACGUGUCAUCAUCAGAGAAAGAGGAGAAAGUCAUCGAGGAUAACUUCUUUGGUGUCGUUCAAAAGAUCCGACAAGAUUACGAUGAGCAUCUGGAAUCCAAACCAGGCGAGCCACUUCCACAACUAGUCACGCCCAGUCUACCAAAUGAGACGCCCAUGUUAAAUCCACCACCACACACCACUGUCAUUAUUCAAGAGGAUAACCCAGAGAGUGGUGGUCUGGCUGAUCAGUAUCGAGGUGAGAUUGGGCAAUUGGGCGCUGAAGCAGACACGCUGGAGAAGAUUGCGCCUAUGUGGCUAGGCGAAUUAUUACUCAAGGUACAUAUCUUCCGUAUAUACCUCGCUCCUAACCCUCCCCACAAAGCCCAAACACUAACAAGCAAAUCACCGUAUCAGAACCAAAUCCCGUACAAAGACACGGUCAAAGUCAGCUUCGUGCUGCAACCAUGGGAGAACACACUCCCGAGCAUCGCCUCGCCCGACGGCAACGCACGACUCAACGCAAAUCGGAUGCUGCGCGCCAAGAAGAUCAUGGCGUACGUGGCGGAGCGCAUCGAAGCGCCCGCCGACCCCGAACACCCUGAUCCGGAGCAGGACACGCUAAAGCCCGAGGAAUACCUCGAGCUGUACUGCCAAGGCCAGCUGGUGGAUCCCAACACCACGCUCGCGAGUCUGCGCGUGCAUGUCUGGCGCACCGGUGGCGAUGUCGUCCUGUAUUAUAAGAGUAACGGCAAGAAAACGCUGCGGCUGCCGCAUCCCGCCGAGGUGCCGACCAAGGAGGAGAGUGAGGAGCAUACUGGGGUCGUUAGGUGA